UUAAUAUUGGCAACCCUUCCAUAAACCGCAAACUUUUACACUGAACAUACCCCGCAUGACUUGUGUUUGUUAUUAUUUGCAUUUUUACAAUUAUAUAUUGCAAAUUAAAUAAAUUUUAUUAAAAAAUCUUUUAAAAAUGGGUUGUCCUAUGGGUUUUGGUGAAUUAAAUAUCCCCUCUUCACGAGCAUUUUGGGAUGACUGUGAUGAAGAUGAGUGUCCAGAGAAAAACUUGGAAAAACUUUUAUUCAAAUAUGAAACUACCGAGGAAGAGUUACAAAAAUUAGCUUCCCAAGCUAAAGUUAUGUUAGUAAUUGAGGGUACUUCUAUAGCAGAAUUUGCCGAAGCAUCACUUUUAACAAAUGCCCAAAAAUUGGCGGAAAUACCUAGCAAAAACUCAUCUCUACACUAUGUGGCCAGCAAGGAAAUGUUAGUAGCCAUAGUGGAGGAAGAUCUUACGAAUAGUGGGGAAAUAACUGAACUCCUAUUGUCUUUGAGUAAACCCGAUGAAGUCAUCACUUUAUCGAUUAAAGCUAAAGUCGAGUAUAAAAGUGAAAAUAUAGCCGCCAUAAGAGAUGAAAUAACAUUUCUAAGAUCCAUAGAAGGAAAAUUGAAUAAUGUUGACGCUUUGGAGGCUCCCAAUUUUAUAGCUGGUGUGGCAGCCGGCAUUUGUUCUUGGCGUUCUAAUGAGGGUCUAAAGGUCCAAUCCUAUGUGGCUUAUACUGACAAUAUUGCUUUAGAUCCUGUGGCAGCUAAACCUAUUGUAAAACUUCUACAUGAUUUGGAUAUAGAGUGUUUGGAUAGUUAUAAGCCCAAAAAGCGGGAUGACUCACAUUUGUACAUGUGAAACAUAAUGAACUUUAAAAAAGGUGACUGGUUUAACACUUGAAGGGUAUAGGUAGGAGAAAUUUUGUAAAUGUUAACUCUUUUUAUAUAAAAACAAACAAAACAUGGUAAA